AUGGAAGAAGAUACUAUUCAAAUUGCAGCCCUAGGAAGACCCCUGCAUCCUGGCAUGCUGUAUGACUGUCGCAAUGAUGCCUAUACCCCAGGAAUCUCACUGUGGGAUCCAGAAGCCAUCAAAAACAAUGUGGAUGUGAAACCACAGCCCCUCACGCAUUUUAAUUUUGGCAAAAGUGACUCUCUCAGUGAGAAGACCAAGCUGAUGGACAUCGGUGCCUCGCUGAAAGCAAGCUUCAUAGCAGGGCUGGUGAAGGUGGGGGGGUCGGGCAGCUACCUGAAUGACACAUUGUCCUCCAUGCGACAGUGCAGGGCCACAAUACACUACAAACAAACGACUGAGUUCAAGGAGCUGACUGUGACCCACCUGGGCAAAGUGAUAUACCCCGAAGUGUUUGACCAGAAGAGUGCCACCCAUGUGGUGACAGGAGUACUGUAUGGGGUUGAGGUCUUCAUGGUCUUCGACCAGAUGGCGUCAAAUGAGGAGGACAAGAAAGUUAUUCAGGGGAACCUGGAUUCGUCCAUCAGUAAGAUCCCUAAAGUUGAUGUCAGCAGUUCGGGAAAAUUGAAGCUGACAGACACGGAGAUGAAGAAGGUGCAGAAGUUCAGCUGCACGUUCCACGGCGAUUUAGCGCUGGAGAACAACCCCACCACUUAUGAGGAGGCCGUGCAGUUGUACAAAAACCUCCCGGAGCUGAUGGGGGAUGGAAGUGAAGCGGUGCCUAUGAAGGUCUGGCUCUAUCCUCUUACGAAACUGGACAAAAAAGCAACCCAGCUGGUCACCAAGAUCGGUGUGGAUAAAGUGGCACUUUUGGAAGCCAGGAUGGGCCAGUUACAGGAGGCCCAAAUGAGAGCCGACGAUGUCAUACAACGAUCCAUGAAACAUGUCUGCAUCUACAACUUCACCUCACUGAAGAAGGAGGAGCCAUAUAUCUCAAACCUGUCUGAGUGCCUGGAUUCUGAAGAGUUCAAGAAAAUGCAAAAGAUCUCUGUAGCUCAGAAAAUCAGCUUCGAAGAGGAGGCCCAGCCUUGGUUCAAGGACCAAAACAUCUCAGCAGCAAUGAGAGUUGCCUUGUGUACUCCUGAGCUCCAGGCCUUGUGUACUCCUGAGCUCCAGGCCUUGUGUACGCCUGAGCUCCAGGACUCCUGA